AGGUUAAAAACAAAGAGACUGAAACUCAAGGUCCACUUUCAGAUGAGCAAAGACACAAUAUUUUCCAGACCACAUACAAAGGCACUCUGCAAUGCAAGUCAUCGCAGCCUCGUGGGUAUGGAUACAUGGCCAAACCAUCAACUGGUUCUGAAAGGAUUCGUAUCCAGAUUGAAGAGCAAGCUCGUGCUACAGCAGCCUUCCAGCAGCGAAACUCUGAGCUCAGCCACCAGGUCAAUGAUUUACAAGAUCAACUACAAGCUGAGCGUGCAAACACACAAGAGAUUAUUAACUUGGAGCGCGCUGAGAGAGAACAACUUGAGGGGAAGUUAAAAGAAGAGCGUGCUGAAAGAGAAAGAUUGUUGGAAGCAGAGCGAACAUCAAGAUUGAAAUUUGAAAAAAACAUGAUGGCAAAGUUUGCAGAAUUCAGCAAACAGAUGGGAACCCAACAGGUGUUUACGAACAGGAUUGACAAAGAAAAUAGUAAUCCAAACUUCCAAAAAACUCUUUUACAGAGACCUAGUCCUAAUAAGGCUGCAGGUGCAAGGCCAACUGUUAUUUCUUCAAAUGCGCUCAUACAUGCUUCAACAAGAAAUUCUCGAAUGUUUAAAGCAAUUGAUCCAAAUAACUAGCUGGACUAGAUUCGAGAUGACGGAGGAUCCAAAAAACUACCUGGACUAGACUCGAGACCACGCACAAUUUAGUCUAUGACUGGGCUAGUUUCAUUUGAUGGUUUGCUAUGAGAAUUAUGAGUUUUAUGAAUCUAUUAUAUGUACGGUUUUGAAUAGUGUAAUUGAAUGCCAUAUUUUUUU